UGCGCUCGGUGCUGAAGCCUCUCUGCCCGCUAACGCGUCUGUCCGCGGAGUGUAGAUGUAGUUUAAAUCAGAGAAGUAAAAAAAAAAACUACAGACGGAUCCGUUUACGGCAGAGUGUGACCGGAAACACGUGCGUCCACAGACAGCGGCAGCGUGACGUGAAGGUAACUGUCCGUGAACGUUGGCUGAGCUCACCGGUUCCUGAUGGAGACAGAGGGACCCCUGAGUGCUGAGGACCGGUAACCGGAGCAGACUCUGGUGAUGGACGAGCCCGCCUGCAGAGAGGACGAGGACUCGUCUUCGUCUCACGUCGUGGGGGUCAGUCUGUGUGACUCCGCCCCCCUGCUUUGGCGGGUGGAGGACCUGAGGGCCUUGAGGUCUCAGGGCCUGGUGGGGGCGCUGCUGGGCUCGCUGCCCCGGACCCCCCGACAGAACGUCCGACUGGGCCGCCCGCUGCUGCUGCUGCCGGAGGAGGAGAGGCUGCUGGCCGAACGCCACGCUGCUGCCGCCCUACCGCCCGCCAACCGGGAUGGCGAAGGGGCGGAGCUCCGUCUGCAGGUGGAGCAGCACGAGGAGGACCAGCAGAGGAGUUACGAGGAACAGACCGUCCUCGCUCUGGAGGACAGGAAGUCUGCGCUGGUCCGAGCCAUGACCUCAUCACACGCAGGUUCUGGGUCUGGAGCUGGGACCGCAGACGAGGCCCUGCGGUGCCGUGUGGAGGCCCUGGACCGGAGCUUCACCUUCCCUCGCUCGGCGCUGGCGGUCCAGCUGAGCACAGCGAGGGCGGGGCUGGCUUACUGUCCCGAGGCCCGGGCCUUCCUGCAGGCCGACUGGCCAAUCAGAGGGCAGGACAACCCACGCUGCGACGCCAGGUACCAGGUGUUCAGAGACCUGAGGGGGCGGGGCUUCUACCUGACCUCGGCGGGGAAGUUUGGAGGAGACUUCCUGGUGUACCCAGGUGAUCCUCUUCGGUUCCACGCUCACUUCAUCGCCGUCUGUCUGUCCCUGGACGAGUCCGUCUGUCUGCUGGACGUCCUCGCCGUGGCCCGUCUGGGAUCCAACGUGAAGAAGACCGUCCUGCUGUGCUCGCCGGGGACGGACGGAGGAGUGCUGUACACCUCCUUACAGUGGAGCGGCAUGGUCUAGAUCCGUACUGGGCUCAGCAGCCUGAUCGGGGUCCUGCAGCGUUUGUCCUACUGGUCUGUGCUGCGCUCAGGGACACCGCCCGGGCCCCGGGUUUGGAACCACAAACUGAGACCAGACGCUGUUAAAAACUGAGGUGAUGAGGACCACGUGGCUCCAGUUUUUUCUUAUCGUUCUCUUCAGAUCACCAGCUGGUUGGGCUCCUGGUGUGGCCCCCGAAGGGCCCCUUCCCUGUGUCAACAGUGUUAUUAGUUUCAUUAAUAAAUGCAAUCUGAACAGAAAUGAAAAGUCCUGCUAGAAUCCAGUUUCAUCAUGAUCUGGUUCCAGGUCUCCCAGCCCAGCUGGUUGGUCUCAGUACCUGAUGGGGACCUGGAUUCUCAUGAACAUAAAGAGGGUUGAUGGUUUAUUUUUGCCAGUAUGAGAGGAGCCCACCUGGGGGGUCGGUCCAGAACCUGAUGGUCGGUGUGAGAAGCAGCAGAUUUACAGUUUACAGUUAAACCCUUUAAAAACAGUUUGGGUGAAAUAAAGUUCCACCUGGACCAGAGUCCAGAGUAACCCGGUGAAA